CUGAUUGGCCCUUGGGACUGUACUGUAAGCCUGGCUCUGAUUGGCCGUCUCACAGGAAGUUCAUGCUUUGGAGACAGCAGCCAUGCUCUGUGGACUGAAGAAGGACGUUAAAAAGCACAGCGCCGAUGACGGCUCAUAUUCUAAGACAGGCAAGGACUCAGGAGGGGCGGACCACAGCCUGUCGCCACGGAAACACAGCGUCCCAGAACUGCGGGGCGUCACGGCGGUGGAGCUGAUGAAGAAGGAGGGGGGCACGCUGGGACUCACCAUCUCGGGGGGGUCUGACAGAGACGGGACCCCACGUGUGUCCAACCUGCGCCAGGGAGGCGUGGCUGCCAGGAGCGACCAGCUGAGCGUGGGCGAUUACAUAAAGUCGGUGAACGGCAUUCACCUCUCCAAGCUGCGGCACGAGGAGAUCAUCGGCCUGCUGAAGAACGUGGGCGAGCGCGUGGUGCUGCAGGUGGAGUACGACCUGCCCCCUGCUGCCGCAGACGGGUCCCAGGGGCUCGUCCCGAAGACCGUGGACAUCCGGCUGCAGAAAGAGGGGCGGAGCUUUGGGUUCGUCCUGAGAGGAGGCUCUCAUGAAGACUGGCGAAGGGCACGCCCCCUAGUGGUGACGUAUGUGAGGCCAGGUGGUCCAGCAGACAGAGAGGGCACCCUGAGGGAGGGGGACCGGGUGCUGAGGGUGGAUGGGGUUCCCCUGCACAGCGCCAGUCUGGCUGAUGCUCUCACCGUGCUGGGGCAGUGCGGACAGGAGGCUCUGUUCCACAUCCAGUAUGACAUCACUGUGCUGGACUCAGUGAGCAGUGCGUCGGGCCCCCUGAUGGUGGAGAUUCCACGGGCCCCCGGGUCGGCCCUGGGAGUCAGCCUGACCACAGCCACACACAGGGCCAAACAGGUGAUCGUCAUCGAGAAGAUCAAACCCGCCAGUGUGGUGGACAGGAACGGCGCUCUGCGUGUGGGGGACCUCCUGCUCUCCAUCGACGGGAUGAGCACCGAGCACUGCUCCACCCAGGAGGCCGCCCAGCUGCUGGGGGGCUCCGGGGACCGCACCCAGCUGGAGGUCUUACCUGUGCACCAGGCCCGGCUCACCUGCCUGCCCCACGACACAGUGAGAAUUCAGAAGAGUGAGCAGCAUCACUGCUGGGACCCCUGUGUGCACUACUGCCACGCCCCGCAUCCUGGCAACGGCAAGACCCCUGCAUGGCCCUCCCCCGGCAACCUGCCUGGCAACCAGCCCGGCAACCAGGACUACUGCAAGUCCCUGGUUUCCAGCGGCUUCUCUCCAGGCUCCACCUCCACCUCGGCCCCGCCCAGCCAGAGCCCCUCCUCCCUGCCCCGCCCCGCCCCCCCGGCCAGCCCCCGACACGCCCCCGUGAAGAGGAGGCAGCGCAAGAAGGAGCACAGGAGCUCAUUGUCUCUCUGCAGCUCAGUGGGGGUGGGAGGGCAGGUGGUGCACUCUGAGACGGCGGAGGUGGUGCUGUGGGGGGGGCCCCUGGGUGGGUUUGGGCUGGUUCUGCACGCGGAGAGCCCGGCUGCCCCCCCCCAGGUCCGCUUCAUCGAGCCCGACAGCCCCGCGGAGAGUUGCGGGCUGCUGCAGGUGGGGGACCGCCUCCUGUCAAUCAACAGAGUCCCCACCGACGACGGAACCCUGGAGGAGGCCAAUCAGCUUCUGCGGAAUGCGGCGCUCGCCAAGAAGGUCACGCUGGAGGUCGAGUUCGAUGUGGCAGAAUCGGUGGUUCCCAGCAGUGGUACGUUCCAUGUGAAGCUGCCCAAGAAAAAAGGGGUGGAGCUUGGAAUCGUCAUCAGUGCCAGCAAGAGGAAGGGAGAGGCCCUCAUUAUAUCUGACAUCAGGAAAGGAAGCAUUGCUCACAGGACGGGCACGCUGGAGCCGGGUGACCGGCUCCUGGCCAUCGACAGCGUGCGAUUGGACAGCUGCUCCAUGGAGGACGCCGCACACAUCCUGCAGCAGAGCGAGGACCUGGUCAAACUGAAGAUCCGCAAGGAUGAGGACAACUCCGACGACCCUGAGCUCUCUGGCUCCAUCAUCUACACGGUGGAGCUGCAGCGGUACGGAGGGCCUCUGGGCAUCACCAUCUCCGGCACCGAGGAGCCCUUCGACCCCAUCAUCAUCUCCAGCCUGACCAAGGGAGGCCUGGCAGAGAGGACUGGGGCGAUCCACAUGGGGGACUGCAUCCUGGCCAUCAACAGCGUGAGUCUGAAGGGCAAGCCCCUCAGCGAGGCCAUUCACCUCCUGCAGGCCGCAGGGGAGACCGUCACCCUCAGGAUCAAGAAGACCGACAAGAAAGGUGGCCGGAAGCUUCCGGGGCUCCUGAGCGCCCGGGAGGAUGAUGUCACAGAUUUCACCAAAACGGACAAGCUGUCGGACCUGUACCCCUCCACCGUGCCCAGCCUGGACUCUGCCACAGAGUCCUGGGACGGCUCCGGGAUCGAUGCCGGCUACGGCAGCCAAGGGACCAGCCUCCACCAGGCCCCCAGCCUGGCCCUACCCCAGCAGGACUGGCGUGCCAAGCCCCGGGCCAGCUCGCCCCCUGCUGGCCGGAGGAGGAACUACCCCCUCAGCGACGGGGGCUUCAGUGAGGAUGAGUGGGACAAGCCCGCCGGAAUCGCCGCCCGGCCGGCCCGGAAUUCCCUCGGCCCGGAUCUGGACGGGUUCUGGAGCCGAGCGCUGGAGGACCUGGAGACCUGCGGACAGUCGGAGCUCCUGAGGGAGAUUGAGGCCUCCAUCCUCACGGGCAGUGUGCUGAGUCUGGGGGUGGAGGGGGACUCCAACCCGGAGCCCCCGGGGCCACAGAGGGGCGCGGGCCGGGGGGGGGACAGGGCCCCCCGCAUCGAGGAGGGGCCGGACCUCACCUCCCCCUCCGCCCUGGAGCUGCUGAAGGUGACUGUGCUGAAGGACACAGAGAGCGGGGAUUUUGGGUUCAGCGUAUCGGACGGGUUCCUGGAGAAUGGAGUCUACGUCAACAUGAUCCGCCCUGACGGCCCAGCGGACCUAGCAGGCCUGAGGCCCUACGACCGCAUACUACAGGUGAAUCACGUUCGGACCCGGGACUUGGACUGCUGCCUGGUCCUGCCCCUCAUGACACAGUCCGGGAGCAGGCUGGAGCUGGUCCUGAGCAGGAACCCGCUGGUGCAGGCAGUGAUGGGACCGCCCCUGGACUGCGAGGACCCCUCUGCCACAGAGCACAGCACCAACACUAUCCACCUCUGACUGCGGGUCAGGGGUGAAAGGUCACUGCCUCCGACUGCGGGUCAGGGGUGAAAGGUCACUGCCCCUGAUUGGGGGUCAGGGGUGAAAGGUCUCCGGGAGAGAGCGCAGGUGAACCAGGUGAACCUCGCUGCUCAGAGCCUCAUAAACCAUGAGCCCUGAGCCCGCUGUCUUCUGCUCUGCAAGCUGAUCUGCUGCAUUUUCACAUUCAUUGAAGGUCACAGUUAUUCACAAGCUCAUAGUUCACGGUUUAGUUCACGCUUUAGUUCGCUGUAUCUUCAGUCUUUACACUGAGCACUGGAGGUGUAACACACACACACACACACACACACACACAUUAUUAGACUUUGUCACGUUCCACGGAUGAACACGUCACUUCCAUGCCUUGCGUUAUGUUUGUCUAUUUUGCGUUAUAUUAUGACACCACUGCAUAUUUUUCCACCCGUUGCACUAACUCUGAUGUUUUACGUGGCGUUAUGUUGUGUGCUGGCCUGGCGCCCGCGUUUACACGACACAUCUGUUUGUUUUGCCAUUUCGUUUAUCUAGUUCAUCUCGCAUGCGAGACGAGAAAUUCACCUUGGUCUGUUCCAUCCUGCCUGCUCUCUGUGAACCUCCUGUAAACAGGCAUGUCUGUUCUGCACUGAAGGGACCAGUCAUGUGACCGUUGGGCUCAGGUCAGAGGUCAUGGGGCUGGAUGUUUUUAAACGAAUCGCACAGUCCUGCGGUGUGUUUAGGGCCUCUGCAUCUUCAACUUGUACUUUUUGUACUUUUUUUUUUUUUUCUUGUUUCUCGUUUUUCACUUGCCAGUUUUCCUGGAACACUUUCACUGGCAAUUAUCUUUAGAGUAGUCCCUCGCCAGUGUGUUUAUUUUUCCGCUUCCUGGUUGGAAAGUGGCAGCAGGAUCUAAUUUCAGCUCCAGAGAAAGCGCUCAUUGUUCCUCCAUGUUCUGGAGAAUUUCCGUGGAACAGUCACCUGACUGUUGGUUUAAUGUGUGGACCAGGCUCUGGUUUCCGCCCUGGCGGAACUACCGUGCGUGUUUUUCUAAAGGACUUACAUAACUGCUCGAAACCGCUUACAAAUCUGUCUUUUUGGAAAAACAAGUUAGAUCACCGUUUUAUUUUUUUAGUGCCACAUUUCUGUGUUGGGCCCCACAGUCUUUGAGUGACUCCAAGUACUUUACAUGCCCAGGAUAUUAUUUGUUUUGUUUAGGUGAAAUAUUUAUCUGUAAAAUGGAUCUAUUGUGACAUGGCAAUGAAAAUGUACUGUAGUGGGUUUUAUAUUCAAUAUUCAGAGGUGUGAUUUUAAGGCUUUCGGUUUACCUUCUGCAUUCUCCUAUUGUAUAGAUUUUGAUGGGUACAUUGUUGUAUUUCUAGAGUUGUGAUAUUACAGAUGUAUUUCCUGUACAGUAUUUUUAUACCCCCCCCCCCCCCCCCAUUGGAGGACUUGGCCUGGGAAUUAUUGGUGGGGGCCCAUGA